GAACCAAUCAGAUCAGAGUUGUUUGUGUGCAUUAAGACCGUCACCAGUGUCAGUUACUCACAAUCACUCACUGACAUGGAGACGCCACGACUUACUCUCAUCCUGCUUAUGUGUGUUGUGUUGUGCAGUCUGAGAAGAAUCUCUGGAGAAGAAGUGGAGAUGAAAGUCAGACCAGGAGAAAACCUCACUCUCUACUGUGAUCUCUCUUUAACUGCUGGUUCCUUCAUUUCAUGGAUAAGAAACUGCUCUCAUGAAAACCAGCCCUCUUUAGUAAUGGAUUAUAAGAUAUUUGAAACAACUAAGCAUUUUAGCUUCAUCCACAACACUGCCAAUAAUUCUCAUGAUCUACACAUUACUAACAUCAGUGUCUCUGAUCUGGGGCUGUACUACUGUGUAAAAACAGAGAAUAAGGUAAAUAAGGAUGAAAGAGGCAUCAUCUCUGGAUCUAAAUUGUACCAAUAUGGAAACCGAACAACUCGUCUCUCUCUUGCAGCAGAUUCUGCACAUGAGUCCACCAUCGCCUCCACUUCUCCUCCAGUGUCAGAGUGUGUUUUCUGCUGGACGCUGCUGUUGAGUGUGUGUCCGGUGUGUGUUCUCCUCUCCUCACUGCUGUCCUCCAUCUGUGUUUACUGCUUCUGUCGUCCUCAAACUACAGGUUCUGACAUGAGUGCUGAGAUUCUUAAAGCAAAUGUUUUUAUGGCAGAUUGUGUGGAGAAACAUCAGUGUGAGGCGAGUAAGACUGGAAAGAUCUGCGUCCACACUGAAGUCUCUUAUAGACGACUGAUAUCUAAACAUCCCUACACCAACAUCUGACACAUGAACUGCUCUUAGUCUACAUUUUCUUAUUUCUGAUAGAGUUUGAGUGGACAUGG